AUGAAUGCCGCUCCUAGAGAUUUGCUGCGGCAAUUUCUGGACAGUUUCACAGACAUAGCAGUUAUACCGGUGCGGCUGACACCGGUUCUUUCUAGGUAUUAUGACGCCAUUGCUAAAGAUCCAGAGCUUAGCAAACUAGCUUUGGAAAAGUGCAACUACGUCCUAGAGAACCUCAGCGCACACAGCCCCGAAAUUGUCACGAGGUGUAGCCGCCUCUACGAAGCGCUUACAGCUGCGAAAGAGCGUGAUGCGGCCGGGAAUCUCAUAGUAGAACACAUUAACUUAGAGAGUGUCUCUGACAUGCCGUUUUUGAGUCGUGAUCAACAUAUGGCUAACUUGAUUAUUGAAGAAAUAGAUGUAGCAGAUUAUAUAGAAGAAUCGCCUUCAUAG